AUGUUUCCCUCUUUUUCCCUUUUGCUGUCUACCUGUCUUUUCUUUUUCGUCUCUUUUAACUUCUCUCUUUUUUCCUCCUUCCGUCUAUUUUUCUUUAUUCCUCUUUAUUUCUUCUCUCCUUUCUUUUCUAAUUGUUUAUUCUUUCUUUUCUUUUGUCAUUUUUUUCCUUUUCCCUCGCCUUUUUCUUCUUUCUAUUCUUUUGACCUAAUUUAUACUUUUUUUCUUGUUUUCUUAUUCCCUCUAUUUUACAUUUUCUUCUAUUUUCCUUUUUUUUUUUUUGGGAAUCUUUUCCUUUCUCCGUAUCUGUUUCUUUUUACUCGCCAUUUCUUUCUCAUUUACAAUACUUUUCUCUCUCUUUUUCUUUAUCUCCCAUCAUUUCUUUUCUCUUCUUUAUUUUCCCUUUCACUCUCUUUUCCGACAUUCAAUCCUUUCCAUCUUUUCCCUUCAAAGAUUAUUUGCCUUUUCCACUUAUUUUCAUUUUACUUGUUUUCACUUUUUCUUUAUUUCUUUCUUCUUUUUCUCUCUUUUUUUUUUAUUUUAACUCAAUUUCCUUUUAUCUUCAUCCCUAUCGAUUUCUUUUUGCUUCUCUUUUCCUUUUGA